GUUAGCAUGCACUUAAUCAUGUUAUAACAUAUAUAUCAAAAUCAUAUAUAUUAUAUACGUUAAAAAAUAAUAUAUCGUUUAUAUAUACAUUGUUAACAAUGAUGAUGAUGAUGGUGAUGUUUACUCUGGCUUACGGUUGCGUAAUUUGAUUGUGGAAUUCUCUUUUUCCUUAAUUUAGGUCUUCUCUAUCCCGAGUAUGUAUUCAGUCUAGUUGGAAUUGCAUCUGAAAUUGGGCUGAAGUGAAGAUGGUUUGAAUAGUGAACGUAAUCACACUAUGGAGCACGUUCAAUUGGUUAGGCAGAUAAAAACAACCAAGUGCUAUUACAAAAUUCUUGGGGUGAAGAAAAAUAGCUCGACUCAAGAGAUUAAGAGGGCUUAUAAGAAACUGUGCCCGAAAGUUCACCCUGAUAAAAACAAGGCUCUUGGUUCUGCUGAAGCAUUCGACAAAGUAAACAAAGCUUUCAGGUGUUUGAGCGAUGAUACUUCGAGGAGGAAAUAUGAUCACACGGUUUUUGUUGAUCAGUAUCAGCACCAACAGCAGAAUGCAAGGCAUCGGAGAAGUGAAACGAAUCAUGAUUCGUCUGAAAAUAAAAUUGAUCCCAACGGAGGUAGGGAAAGCCAACAGAAGACUGAGUCUGAUGGGAGAGGUCCCAAUUUUUUUAUCAUUCUUCUAAUGUUACCAUUGUUAAUUUACUUGUUGGCUUAUAUGCCAUUUCCAGAGCCUGAAUAUUCUUUGCAUGAAAAUCAAUCCUAUAGUAUUCCUAUGGUUACAGAGAAACAUGGCGUGGAAUUUUUUGUCAAAUCAUCAAAUUUUGAUGUAAGAUAUCCUCUUGGAAGCCCAACUCGAGCUGAAAUAGAGAACAGUGUGAUAAGGGAUUAUCGAAACCUUGUUUCGCGUUAUUGUGACGUAGAACUCCAGAGACUCCAGUGGAAUAAAAAUCUCCCAACUCCUCACUGUGCAAAGCUGAAUAAUCUCGAGGUAGCAUAAGGUGAUAAAGAGGCAAUGAUGAAAGGUCGAGGUCCAGGAGAAUGCGUAUUUAUGUUUCUCUUUUGAAACAAAUGGCUCCCGAGCAUCUUCUGGCCACCUUUGCAAAGUUAUGUGCAGAAGUUCUUGUUGCAGCAUCCGAUGUAUUUGCGACCUGGAAUCUCAUUAGUUCCCCAUGGCUGAAAGCGCAGGAUACCUUUGAGAUUCUUGCUUGUAAAGAGAUUCGACUAUCAAUAAAUCGAGUAUCAUCAUCAGAAUCUGGUGAUGUAGGUGAGGAAGGGGGUGAGAGCGGAGGAGCAUCUGCUGCUAGAGGAAAGGUCAUCACUCACGCAGUGAGAAAGAGUCUCAUACAAAACACCAUACCCAUCUUCAUUGAGUUAAAAAGGCUAAUGGAAAGCAAGAAUAGCCCCCUUAUAGGUUCCCUCAUGGAAUGCCUUCGAGUUCUUCUCAAGGACUACAAGAACGAAAUUGAUGACUUAUUGGUAGCUGAUAAGCAACUUCAGAAAGAGCUCCUCUAUGACAUUCAAAGAUAUGAAUGUACCAAAGCCAAGUCAGCCGUUGCUGAGGCAGUCAACGAGAUGCAAAAGUCAACUAACUAUCUUUCUCCUGAGGCUCCUCCUCAAGCU